CUUUCCACUCCCGCUGGGCAUGUUGGGAAAUGAAGUUCCAAGUGACAUGGUGACGGUUGCUAACAACUCAAGUUUUGCAUUCGAGUUUAGACAAGUCCUUCCGAAAGAAGGCUUCGUUAUCGCAUUUUUAAGGGUAAGAUUUCUUUUUAUUAUAUUUACAAACGAACACACAGUUUUUACUUAGUAUUGUAGUCGCACGCCUAUAGCAAUAUACAUCAUUUUAAUUUGUCGCCAUAUUGUUUUUACCUGGGUAAUAGUGACAUCGUGGAUUGAGUUCGCAAUUCCAAAUGAACAUCCGUUUAGAUUCAAAUACGAAACGCAAAAUGAACAAAUGUUUUGAGCACGUUUUUUAUGUCCAUUAGAGUGCAGUGCAAAUAUGUCAAGAAGAAGAACACCCAAAAGUGCCCGGUCAGACACAAGUGAUGCAGAUGUUGAUGGCACAGAAUUAGAGAAAGCCAAGCUACUAAGGCAGUACCGAAUCAUGGAUGCAGACAGACAGGCCUACAGAAUUCAUGCCCAGCAGCAGAUCCACAAACAACAGCAGGAAAUAGAAAAGCUGACGGCCGAGCAGGUGGAGCUGCAGCAUAAGCUUGGUGCUUAUAAGAGCUUGUCCCGUUUAAAAAAGGACAAAAAGGACGCAGAGGGCUUUAAAGCUCUUCAGGAGCAGAGAGACCUCCUGGGGGAAGAGUUAGAGAAGGAAACACAGCAUCAAAGAGAGCUACAGAAAGAGAUCUCAAGCAUGGAGAUGAAGCUGAAAGAGCUGAGGAAAGAGAAUGCCAGCAAAAGUGGCACCCAAAGAUCUGUGCAGAGGCGGAAUCAGGAGGCCAUAUACACACUUGAGAACAAACUGCAAGGAGGAUUAACAAAAUUCAGUGAGCAGUUGACCAAGAACAGCCGCCUCCGGGAGGAGCUACAGACUCUUCAUAUCGAGCGUGUACGUUUCCAGCGACUUCACGACAGGUUGGUCCAGGAGUGCAAAGACGUCAGGAAGAAGAUAAGUGAAGCAAUCCACUUGUCGAAUGCAGCCCACGAUGCGAGGGUGGAGGCUCAGUCCAAGUUGGCGAUGAUGCGAGAGAAAGCGGGGAAAGAGCUCUCCCAAUACAACACAGAGAUGAGGGAGCUCGAGAGGGUUAUUUCACACGAGUGCAGUCUCAAAGACUUCAUCACCACUAAAUACAGCGAAAAGAUGGACCAGGAGGGGACAGAACCCGGUUUGGAGGAGCAGCACUCAAAAGAGUCGAGUGAGGAGUCACCGGAUGACCUGGAGGCAUUUUUUCAGAAAAUUCAAUCUGUUACAGGGGAGGAUGACCCAGAAUUGAUGGUCAGCAGGUUUAUCCAAGCUGAAGACCAUAAUUUUGCACUCUUCAAUUUUGUAAAUGAUCAAAACAAUGAAAUUGAGGUGCUGCGGGAGCAAAUCAGCCAGAUCCAGGAAGAGAUGAAGCACUUUCAAGAGAAAAGUUUGCAACAGAAAGAGGACCAUCGCUCUUCACUAAGAGAUGUUGAUGCACGGCAGAAAGUUGCUGAAUUACAAACCGAAGACUUUGAAAACCGUGCCACCAUAUUAAGCCAAACUUUGGAGGAAGUUAAAAAAGGAGUGAGCAGCAUUGCCUCUAAAGUGGAGUGUGACAUGGAGGACUCCAUCAAUGACAACAACAUUAUGCCAUACUUGAGUGCGGUGGAGCAGAAGACCAACCAACUCCUCAAUAUACAAGCUUUUCUCGAUAACAAGGAAAUUGGCAAAGCCUACAACCCAUCCGAUCUGCCCAAAUUCCUUUUUGGCCAAGACCCAGAGAUGCUUCAAGAGAAUGUUAACAUCCAACCUGCAGUCCAGAGUGGAGAAUAUGACGCGGACAACUUGCUUGUCCCGGAUGAGGAAGAGCGGCCUCUCUCACAGGGGGAACUCCGCAGAAGAAUUUUGGAAGGGGUUAGUCAAAGAGAGCAUUUAGGGUCGAAGUUGGCAACAAAAAGCUUCAAAACAAGUACACGUGUUCUUGAAGAAACAGCAAUCGCCAUGUAAGGCACGUAUAAAUACAUACAUUCAAAGUAUAAUCGUUUGGUUUUUGGUAAAGGUCCAUUUUAAUCCAUUUUAGAAUUUGUUUAUUUAGAUCUAAUUAGUUGUUAGGGCCAUAAAGAGGUCCUGGUAACCAAGCUGUGCUUUUAAUGUGUGAAGGGCCAUCUGGCUUUUAGUCAGUACUGUGAAAGGGCAGUUUCACUACGUGACUCUGGCUGCUAUGCUCCAACACAAAGGUUGGGGGCAGCAAAAAGCUUUUUUCAUUCUAAUUGCCAUGCUGAGAUUUGGA